GUGCGCCUCAUCUUCAGCGGCGGGUGACGUUCUACAAAGAGUUUUUGCAGCCAGACCAGAUUGUGGCGUACGCAAUGUACAGUUGGGCGUCGGGGCGAGAGCAGCAUGUGCAACUUCGAGAUUGGCAGAGUUUCUGGCCUGGUUGUCGUCCGCGAUGUUAUUGCCGCGCUGCUCCAGGUGUACGGAAAGAAGAUUGUCUGGCCGGCUGGAGUUCGUAAACUCGUCGUUUGGCGGGCGUUCGCUGAUAAAGGGUUCCCCAAUUGCCACGGUUGCAUUGGCUGUACUCACAUCUACGUGGACAAGUCGACGAAUGCCCCGAGCGAAAACUAUUACGACAGGAAGCGUCGUUUCUCCAUUGUCGCGCAGGUUGUCGUCGACCUAGACUUGCAUGUGCUCAAUGUGCACAUGGGAUACCCGGGUAGCUGCCACGACAUCAGGGUGCUCCAGUUGCCCAGCGUAUGGCACCGCGCGGAGUCGGGGUCGUUAUUCCGUGGUCCUCCUGUGACACUCCCGUUCGGGGCGCGGACGAACAGCUACGUCCUGGCGGACAAUGACUACCCCCCUUCGGAAUGCAUGGUCGUCCCCUAUGGAGGCGUCAAUCAGCACGUCGACGAGGAGCGGUUUGACAACAAGCAGACGGUGGCGAGGGGAGCGGUGGAGAGGGCGUUCGGCAGGCUGAAGGGCAUGUGGUGGCUGUUUCUACGGACGUACAAGACGGACCUGAACACGCUCCCGCAGCAGUUCACCGUCGUUUGUAUAUUGCACAACAUAGUAAUCGACACUAGAAUUUCAUUCGUCGAGAAUCUGCUACGGGAGGUCGACGCUAAUGGUGUGCGACGACGUGUGGACCUGCGGAUCGAAGAGCUCCUUCAGCCUGUGUUGAUGAUUACGUCGAUAGACGAAGCAUUGGCCCUGCAGGAUGCUAUAGCGGAACGAAUAAAACACGAUUGAGUCGUCCCGAAUGAUGAACGGUCGUCCGUGGAAGUGUAGUCAUUGCAGCUUUGGCGGGAGGGCAGAUUCGACAUUUCGUCCUGCUUUGAAUGAAGUGUUUAUGCGCGC